GCCUUUCACUUCUCAUCCUUUCGUUAGUGUUCAUCAUCUUCAAUCGUUUAUUCUCCCGACUUGAUAUUCUCCUCAAACCCUUUCCUGGACGACUCUGAAGUAAGAUCGGGCACGGCACUCGUAGAUUGAACGCCACCACAUAUCCGGAUCUCAAGUCGGCAUUGCUUUUUUGUGCAGCGGACAACUGCCUCGCGGCUUCGCUUCUCCGACUCGCGGUCUCAUUCGCAUUCUCUUAUGAAAAAGCUCACCCAUCAUCAUGAGCAACAACAACCAAGAGCAGAACCCUUUUGCUGGCUUCAACAUGGCACAGUUGAAUCAGCUCAAUCCUGCAUUGUUCGCCUCCCUGGCGAACCAAAUGGGAAUGAAUAACCAGGCAGGUCCAUCCCAACCACAGAAUCAAGCCCAGCAGCCAGCAAUGGGAAACCUCAGAAACAUCCCUCCUCAGUUAUUACAGCAAUUGCAACAGCAGCAACAGCAGAGGCAACAAUCUGGUCAACCUCCAUCCCAGGCAUCUAUCAACGACACUUUGCAAAACAUCAUGCUGCCUACCUUUAACCGCCUUCAAAGCCAGAACAGUCAACAAAUGCAACAAGAAAGACUACAGACCUCAAAUAAUCCUGCCAUCCAGGCCCAGGUUGCCGCUCAACAAGCAAAGGCGCGCCAAGCCGCCCAAGCUGUUCAGGCAGCACAAGCCCAGGCUCAUGCCCAGGCGCAAGCUCAGGCUCAAGCUCAAGCGCAAACACAGCAACAAAAUUUGGGGAUAGGUGUUCAAGGCAUGACAGGGAUGCAAGGCAUGGGAGGAUUGCCAGGGAUGGGAGGGAUAGGGGGUUUUGGUGGAAUGGGGCAGAACCAAACGCAGCAGCCAAAUCAGCCGAAUCAAGUGCAGCGGAACCAAAAUCAGUUUUCAGUACACUCGCACCAACCGGACCUUGGUCUCAAUCAAUCAUCACAACCUCAAAGUAGCAACACGAAUAUUCAACAAGGAAACAUAGGCCAAGGUCAGAGCGGUCAAUUUAACCUGGGGAUGAACAUGGGAAUGAUAGGCGACGAUUCGGUUCGUCGUGCGGCUCUACAAAGUAUGUUGGCACAGUCAACUCAGAACCAAAAUCAAAACCAGCCCCCUCCGCCCCAACCUGCGCCAUCCAAUCCUACACCUCAAAUCAGCCCCGAAGUCCACGAAUUCAUGCGCACUCGGUCGGACAUUGCUUCCGCCGUUUUCAAGAAACACGGGAACCCGCAGGCUGCAUUGGAAGAUCUCCAGAGGAUUGUUGGGAUGUUGAAGGGUCAAAACCAGGCUCAAAACCAACCUCAAGCUCAGACUGGGAAUAAUAUGGGUGCAGCUGGUGUUCCGGUCGGUAUUAAUGGACAGAUGUUCAACCAGAGAAUUGCAUCUGGACAGACUCAAUCUGCUCAGAACCAAGGUCAGAGCCAGCAGGCUGGUCACCAAAGAAUACCUUCCAGUGGCAAUUUUGAUCUUCCAGGGUCGCAGUUCGCCAACACCUUGAGUCAACUUGAGGCUCUUCAGCAGGUCAAGGAAAGGCAACAGCGCGGGGGGCUGAAAACUCCUCAAAUGCCCCAAAGCAACACUCUACCAAUGACUUCUCCGCAAAUGGGCAACAAUGCCAAUAACCUCAACCCUCCAUUUAACUUAACUCUACCCAAUCAACCUAAUAAUGCCCAAAAUCCUGUUCAAAACAGGCAAACGCCUCGGAUGUCGAAUAACAUCCCGACUCUUCCUUCUGGUCCUGCUGCUCCUCGGCCACCGCAAGGCACAAACCCUGUUCAAUCUGGCGCUCGACCGCUACCUAAUCAAGUGAUUGCCACUUGGCCACUCGAUAAACUUAUUGGUGCAUCUUCGAAUCUCAGUAAGAAGAUCAUUGAGUCGGAAGCUGCGCAUGGAAAUAUCAUUCAGCCAGGAAAGCCUUCAACUAUGGGUCUGGGUGUGCCCGGAAGAACGGCUGCAGAGCAAGCAGCCAAGUUUCAAUUGUUGGUCAUGAUUGCUGAGAUCAAGAGGCGAGCUGUGCCCGUCCCGGAUGAUGCGCUGAACGUUGCUGCUAGUCUACUACCUGUGGCAAAUGCGAAAGAGCAAAUUCUACAGAUGGAGCACAGCCAGCUUAGCGAAGUUGCCCGAGCCACUAUGAGCCAACUCUCGCGCCAAGCUCAAGCGCAAGCGCAAGCGCAAGCAGCUCAAGCUCAAGGUCAAAACCAGUCUCAGUUAGGACAAGCGCCCGGUCAGCAAGGGUCGCAAGGAACUCUAAAUGCUCAACAAAUGGCCCGCUUUCUGCAACAACAGCAACAGCAAAGUCAACAGCAACAACAGAACCAGCAACAAGCCUUGCGAGGCUCACAGGCUAACCCCAUAGAACUUGUCACUCCAACCAUGACCAACACCCAGCUUCCGCAUUUCCCUACCCCUAGCCAGACUUCAGCAACGAUGGCCAAUUCCGCCUCUCAACAUCCUCAGCCUAACCAACUUCAGGGCAACCAGUCCUCCCAACCUCCACAGGCGAACCCUAACUCUACUCCUCAAUUGUCUCAAGCUACGACACAGUCCAACGCAGGACCGGGAGGUCCGGAUAUCAACGACAUCCCGGAGGAGAGUUUCUACGGUUAUUUGAGACAGAUGAUGGCUAAGAACGGCAUAACCAGUGGGAUACCGACCAUCGAAGGACGACAGGUCAACCUGUACAAGUUGUUCCAGAUGGUAAUCAAGAAUAACGGAUCUAGCCAUAUUGAGCCUAUGCGCUGGACGUUCGUUGCUGGCCAACUUGGGUUUGCCACUGAGCCCACUCAACCUGGUCAACCACCUGUUUCCAACAUGCAGGUAGCUCAACAAGUGCGCCACAUCUACAUCAGUCUUCUUCAACCAAUGGAAGAUGCCUAUAUGACGAUGAAGCGAAACAAAAUGGCUCAAGCAAAUAUGAGGAGGGCAGGUAUGCCACCUGGUCAAGGAUCAACCCCCGGACAGGCGCCGGGUCAAGUGAGACCUCCGAUGAACGUCGCUGGUCCUAGUGUCACACCAACGCUGGCAUCCCAAAAUCAAAAUCAAGGCCAGCCUUUAUCAGAGCAGCAAAGAAGGUUUUUGGAAGCGGCCAAGAACGCUGGUGCUGGAAAUGUAGGUACCGGUGUUGGGCUUGGAGAGGCGUGGCAGGGUCAGGCGCAGCAAAAUGCUGGCCAAGGAAGCCAGUCUCAAUCAAUUCAGCCACCAACUCAGCCUCAGACUCAACAGCCUGCGGGCCACCAGACUGCAACACCGACUGCUCAAAGACUGGAGCUUUCCGCAUUGAAGAUCUUAGAGUUCAUCAGGAUGCAGGAAUCGCUCAUUCGGAACGGGCUUGAAAAACAACCUAACACGGACGUCAAUCCCGACAUUUACCGAAACGAGCUUCGCACUAUUCUUCCGAUUGCAAAAGAAGCAGAAUCAAGAUUGCCCAUCUACUUAUUGAUGAUUUCGGAUGGCGGGUCUGUUGAACCUCAGUCUGUGUUAACGAUUAUCAACAUGUGUACCACGCCUUCCUACGCCGCCCUCCUCGCUGAACGUAAUCGUUUCAUCUUCAAUCUCGCCGAUUUCCCUCGUCUUCGUGCCGGUCUUAGCCAGUUUCUCUCGAAAGCACAAGCUACCUAUCGCACAAUGGCUGAAAAGCCUGUUGGUCAGGCGAAGCUCAAGAGCAUGGUAUCAGCUGUUCAGAUGGCAAAGGGAUUGAUAGCUCAAAAAGAUCGAGAGAAGCAGGCCCAAACCACACCCAAUGCCGCUCCAGCGAAUGUGGCUGCUGCGGGGUCAGGUCUGGGCCUCAACCUUGGCAGUACUCAAGGGGCAACUGGCAUUGGACUUGACGUUCAACAAAUGGUCCAACAGGCUCACAAUCACGCCGCCUCUCAGCUACAGUCUAGUCAAAACCAACAACAACAACAGCCGCCCGCUCAACCUCAAACUCUCCUCCCACCGCCUGCCCUUCCUAAAGACAGUCCUUCGAAUCUCCAAGAGGCUAUCCGACACAAGGGCCUGCGAGUCGAAGACCUCAAACCGCCACCGUCCAAACGUCAAAAGAGCAAGGGUUCUCCCGCCACACCCGCAAAUGCUCAAGUACCAACACCAGAGUCUGCAAAAACGCCGGCUAACACUGCCGUUAUUGGAACCCAAGGGACACUAGGGGAAAGUCCAAAAGAAAAGAAGGCCACGAAGCGGAAGAGACAAUCAUCAACUGCCACAGCAGCUGGCACCGAAAAGCCAGUCAAGCAGACGAAGGCAGAGGCUGCCAAGGCCAAGAAAGCUGCUGUUGCGGCCGCUGCGGCAGUCGCUAUUCCCGCUACGGUACCAGAGGAUCCUGUUAAUGCUCUUGGUAUCCAGCUUGCGGCAGAUGAGGCUGCUACCAAAGCAGAGAUUGCUCAGCACAAAGCUUUCUUUGAUGACCAGAGGGCUUUGGCUAGCGCUGCAGCCCCUGGGGAUGGUGAGAAAAAGGUUGGAGGGGAAGAUGCGAUGGCGGUCUUCACAAAGAUAUUUGAGGCGCAUCAGGCAGGUAUUCAGGCGGAUAUGGUCCGAACAGAUCCUGUCGCCCAGUCAGCAUCCACGGCAGCGGGCCACAUGCCCCCGGUAACCAGCGCCGGUGACCCCAACGACCAAGAUUUAUUCGAUACCUACUUUGAUGUGACUUUGUUCAGCCUCGCGGCCGAUCUUCCUACACCCGAUCUUGUCAUCGAAGCAACCCCUCAGGAAGUGGAUGGCGAGAGUCCAGAAAGUGUAAGGACAGUUGGAAGUACCGCUGGACACACAGUGCCUGGCAAAGAAGUUAAGUCAGGUUCUAAAGAAGAGAAAGGGAAGGAGGAGGGGACAAAAAUAAUAUUAGGAAGCCCUGGAAGUAUGGCGUAUAACGGAGGCAUCGAAUGGUGAAACAAAGGAUGUUUCGAAAAGUGUAAUGGUUAUUAAAACCUCUGUGCUGUUAUAAUAUGUGCUACUGUACUUGAUGAUUUCACGUCGACGUGUAUUACUUGUUUCUUUGAUGUAGUAGAAGAUAUGCAGCUUCUUUACGCGUGG